UGCGGGGCAUGCGGCAAGGCACCUUUCAAGCAGCCACCACUGACUCUGACAAGCUUCUCCUGAGACAGCACCAUCAUUGCCCGGUACUCUGUCAAUCACUGAGGACCGCAGGCACUUUUCUCGCGCUCUCUCGUCAGCAUGCAGUACAUGGCUCAUCUGCAACGACCUAUGGACAACUCAUGAGCCGCGCGUUGCCUGUGCAAUAAGCACUCUGCAAACAGCGCACCCAUCGCGGUGUCGAUAACCAUGCGCACCCUAUCGGUCGUUGCCAGAAGAGGCUCGUGUUUAGCCUUUCGCAUGCCGCCAGUCUCGAUUCGACGACCAGAACCAUGCACCUACCGAUGGCGCACUAUGCGCGCUCGGCGACACCUACAUCUGCCGGCAGUUCUAGGGCCGCCUCUCAUGUUGACGGGCUUGUUCGUGGCGUUGUGGACGUGGAAGUGUAUGAUGUUGGUUCUGUUCCAGAACACAAUCAUAUACAAUCCAUUCAUGCCACCCAACUCACGUAGCAUGCGCAUCGAGGACUUUGCGAAGGAGUGUCGGGGAAUUGGUUGGCGCGAGGAGAGGAUCAGAAGUCUGGAUGGUACCGAGAUCGCAUUGUGCAUCAGCGACGAGGUUUCAGGUAGCCAGGCAGAUCCGAACCGACCACCGGCCUAUGUCAUGUACUUUCAGGGGAACGCAUCUUCUCUACCGCCGCGGCUGCCCGACCUUUCCGCGGUUCUGCACCGUCUGCGCGACAUCGAUCCGAAGACACGCUACAUCGUGGUCUGCCUGAGCUACCGCGGUUACUGGACCUCGCACGAUCGACCGUCGGAAAAAGGAAUUAACAUGGAUGCCGAGGCUGGCAUUCGCUGGAUAUCCAACCACAGCCAGCGUGUUGGGUCGGUGGACGAAUCGAAGCCGCCAGCAUUAAUACUAUAUGGGCAGAGCAUUGGGUGUGGCUUCGCGACCAAAUUGGCGGCAACAACAAAGGCGAUGAAGGUGGACGGAUUGGUGCUGGAAACACCAUUUACCUCGACCCGCGACAUGUUGAAAGCGCUCUAUCCGCAAAAGUGGCUGCCGUACCAAUACUUGUGGCCAUUUCUGCGGAAUUUCAUGGACAGCUGGACCAAUUUGGGCAUCAUCCGCGAGCGGGCCUCUAGGACGCCACCACCUGGGAUCUACAUGAUCGAGGCAGGCAAGGACGAGCUUGUGCCCAGCGAACUUGGACAACGGCUCUUUGAACGAUGUCAAGAUCUUGGGCUCCCCGUCGAGAGGUCGAAGAUUCGAUCGGCUCUUCACAAUGAAGUCAUUGUGAGACCUCAAGGCAAGCAAGCCAUUGCGCAGUCCAUCGCGUCAGCCGUCGGAAGAGCACGACAAACGUGACCGUGGACAUGGGAGCCAUAGCCUUAAAGUGGACAGGUGCAACAUUCGAGCCGGCACGCAACGUUAUCAGUCAUCGUGAUAUCCCUGCCUCGCCAAUAUCAGGCAUCAAGUGAAGGGAACUGUGUGAAGAUCGGCAGACCAUGAGCUUACGGGUGCUGGGACUGGCUUCCAAUUGCGUCGUGGUGCCUUGCGCCAGUGAACAGGCUAUGUAGUAUCGUCAUUUCUAAUGGAUCUGAAGACUGAGCCUGGUCCGC